AUGGAUGAGAAAAGAGCCUCGCAACGAGCCAUGUCCCCAGUCCGCUCCGUCCGCCGUAAUCGGCCUGCCGUCAUCGUAUUCUUCGUCAUAGCAUCUCUAUACACUUUCUGGUUAUGGCAUCCCUUCUCGCCCGUCGGCCUCAACCUCCCGAAUGACGUCUCGCAGCCUGUCGAUGUCAGCGUAGCCGACACUAUCCAUACCACCGACCGACUCGUCCCUCUGGAGGCGCAUAUUAUCAGUAAAUGCCCAGACACAAGGGACGCCCUCCGGUUGUUGAUCCUUCCCGUCAUGCAGCGCGUCCAUGACAAGGUCAACUUUACUCUAUCAUACAUCGGCCGACCAACCGCCAACGACGGCGUCGACUGCAUGCACGGUCCCUCAGAAUGCAUGGGCAACAUUAUCGAACUCUGUGCCCGCGAGCUCUACCCCGAUCCCAAGAUCAACCUCGGUUUCAUCAUGUGCUUGACCCGAGACUACGAAAACAUCCCCGACCGUUCCCUCAUCGAGGACUGCGCCCUUGAGCACGCCAUCGACUUCCAAAAACUAAAUGACUGCGCCGUCAAGGAAGACGGUGCUCACGGCUUGGACCUGCUGCGCACCAGCAUCCAGAGAACCGCAGAUGUAGGUUGCCGCGCAAGUUAA